AACUUGAAACCUUAUAUCACAAGAUUGGCUGUGCAAAAUGUUUGCUUCCAUGCAAGGCUUUCUGCUGCUCCUAUUUAUAGGUGGCCUCAAAUGAAUCCUCCAAUUACCAUCAAGAUUCAUCUCCAUACCUUAUGUUGUUCAUUGCAAUCUGCCCUCUCACAGCCAAACCGUCCCUUCAAAAGCCACUUCUUCCACCUCACAGUCACAGAGAUAGGUUACUCGGAUUUGGGAAAAUGAAGAGUCCCAGAGACAGUAAAAGCCACUGCGUAGCGCCCUGUAGUUCAGCACCCAGAUCCAAAUCAGGCUUUUAGCUACUUAAUCACUGCCAGUAUUUGCAGAAUUCUCGAUCCGUUUCUGUGUUUUCAGCAUUUUCUUGGCAGAAUUUCUGGAAAUUCUCGAUCUGGGUGUGUCUUGAUUUGUUGAGUAAUGAAAUGGGAGAAGUCCAAGAACCGAAAUUCUUCUGCAAGUUCUGCAACAAAGCUUGCUUUACUGGGAAGUCAUUGGGAGGUCACAUGCGUUGCCAUCUGGACCUGAUUGCAGCUGCCAAAAAGCAAAAACUCAAACCCGAAGGGGAAGAAGAUUUGGGUGUUUCAGAGGAAGCCAUGGGUGCCAAGAAUCAAGAAAAGGGGAAGAAGAUGAGCUUUGGGGAGAGUGGGGAUCAAGCUAGCUAUGGUUUAAGAGAGAAGCCAUUGAAAUCUUGGAAGGUGUCUGAUCCGAAGCAUUGUGGGUUGAAGAAGAAGAAGAAGGAUCUCUGCAAGGAGUGUGGGAAAAGGUUCCCUUCUGUGAAAGCUCUGGCAGGGCAUCUGAAGUGCCAUUCAAGAAAAGGGAGUGAGGUAGAAGAAGAAGAAGAAGAAGAAGAACAUCAUCUCUGCAAGAAAUGUGGGAAAGGGUUUGAUUCCAUCAGGGCUCUAUAUGGCCACAUGAAGAUCCACUCCAAGAGAUCAAGGCCCUCCUCCAAUGGAGAAGAAUCUGCCCAGAGCUUAUCAGAUUUGGAAACCAUGUGUCCUGUCCGGAAGAAACGCUCAACAAUAAGGUACAAACUCACCUCUUCAAAUCCCCCACUUUCUGCAGUUUCUGAGUUUGAAGAGGUCCAAGAUGCUGCCAUGUGUUUGAUGAUGAUUUCCCGGGGAGUGAAAACCUGGAAUGAGUUUGUUUCUGCAAACUGUGAAAGCCCUCCAUUUUUCUGCAAGGAAGAAAUGCCAAACAGUAGCAAUGAUUAUGAUGAUAAAGACAGCAUUUCUUGGAAAAAUAUUUCUGAAUUUUGCAGUGAAAUUUGUGUCAAUGGGUGCAUCAGAAUUGAGCCAUUCAAGAAGCCUGAAAUGGAUGAACCUUCUUUUGAUCUUCAUUAUCUGGAAAUGGGGGAAACUUCCACUUCCACUAACUGCUGGGGAGCUGAUUCUGAGAUCACUGCAAAGGUUUCUGAUACAAUGGAGGUGGAAACAGUGAUUGGAGGUGUAAUGGCAAUCCCAGAAUCAGGAACAAGAAGCAGGGAGCAUGCAUGUCCAGUCUGCUUCAAGGUUUUCCAAUCUGGGCAGGCUUUGGGUGGGCACAAGAGGGCUCAUUACAGUGCCACCAUUGAAACCAAGGUGAAAAAGGAGAAUCUUUCUGAUAUUCAUGAGUUUCUUGAUCUGAAUCUCCCUGUAAAUGCUGCCACUGGAACAGCCAUGGAUGCUGCAAUGGAGGAAAGGCUAUGGUGCAUUGGCAGUGCUGGUCUGCUCAUCUCUAACUAGACUCUAUUUUCUUCAUCAUCAUCAUACAUUCUAGGCUUCAGUUCAUCAUUUCUUUGAACUCCCAUUACUGUAAAUCUGAUUUCUUUCUGGUUUCACACUUUCACCUCCAAA